AUGGCCGCCUUAGGGGAAAAUCUGUUGGUGACAGUCAAUAAGCUGCAGGACUUGGUCUUCAACACCAUUGGAAAUGAUUCGCUUGAUUUACCGCAGAUUGUCGUUGUCGGCUCCCAGUCGUCCGGGAAAUCCUCUGUAUUGGAAAAUAUAGUUGGCAGAGACUUUCUUCCCCGAGGAAGUGGGAUUGUGACUCGAAGGCCGUUGAUCUUGCAACUCAUAAACAUCCCUAACGAGCGGCAUGACCAACCAGAGGGCGAUGAGGCUCACGUUCCCCAUACAGCUGCCAGUGUGCCCGGGCAAAACGAAUGGGCAGAGUUUCAUCAUCAUCCUGGCCGGAAGUUUGAUGAUUUCGCUGCCGUGAAGCAGGAGAUUGAGGCCGAGACCGCAAGAAUAGCUGGAAAUAACAAGGGCAUCAACCGGCAGCCGAUCAACCUCAAGAUAUUCUCACCUCAUGUGCUGAACCUCACCAUGGUUGAUCUGCCAGGUCUAACUAAAGUGCCAAUUGGAGAUCAGCCGUCGGAUAUUGAAAAGCAAACACGCACUUUGAUACUCGAAUACAUCGCGAAACCAAAUAGUAUCAUCCUGGCAGUCUCGCCAGCGAAUGUUGACUUGGUCAAUUCCGAGUCGCUGAAGCUUGCCCGUCAGGUUGAUCCUAUGGGACGAAGAACGAUUGGCGUCUUGACCAAGUUGGACCUCAUGGAUCAUGGGACUAAUGCCAUGGACAUUCUAUCCGGCCGAGUCUAUCCGCUUAAACUUGGCUUCAUUGGAGUAGUCAACAGAUCCCAGCAAGAUAUUCAAUCUGGCAAAUCCCUUUCCCAGGCUCUUCAAGCUGAACUCGACUUCUUCCGGCACCACCCGGCGUAUCGAAAUAUGGCUAAUAGAUGCGGCACUCAAUUCCUUGCCAAAACAUUGAAUUCGACAUUAAUGUCCCAUAUAAGAGAUCGCCUACCAGACAUCAAAGCCCGUCUUAACACACUCAUGGGUCAAACGCAGCAGGAGCUCGCCAGCUAUGGCAACAAGCAAUUCAGCGGUAAAGAACAUCGCGGUUCUCUUAUAUUGCAGCUGAUGACACGAUUCGCAUCAUCUUUUAUAUCCUCAAUCGAUGGAACAUCCUCAGAAAUAUCCACGAAAGAGUUAUGUGGUGGCGCUAGGAUAUACUAUAUAUUCAAUUCUGUCUUCGGCAACUCUCUCGACACGGUCGAUCCCACUCAGAAUCUUUCGGUUUCUGAUAUAAGGACGGCUAUUCGAAACUCAACGGGGCCGCGCCCAAGUCUUUUUGUCCCAGAACUUGCUUUUGAUCUUCUCGUGAAACCUCAGAUCAAACUGCUUGAGCCCCCUAGCCAGCGAUGCGUUGAGUUAGUUUAUGAGGAACUAAUCAAGAUAUGCCAUACUUGUGGCUCGCAAGAGUUGCUACGCUUCCCACGCCUUCAAGCAAAACUAAUCGAAGUUGUGUCGGACCUCUUGCGUGAAAGGCUAGGUCCUUGCUCGUCUUACGUUGAGUCGUUGAUAUCCAUUCAGAGGGCCUAUAUCAACACGAACCAUCCGAACUUUCUUGGUGCAGCCGCCGCGAUGUCAUCUAUAAUUCAAAGCAAACAGGAACAGGAAAGGAAGGCUGCGCUCGCGGAAGACCGACGCAAACGCGAGAAGAGACGGAUUAGGGAACUUGGUCCUCCGAACGGGAAUUCACCAGCUUAUCCCGAAGACGAAGAGGAGCAGCCAGAGUCUAAACAUCUCCCCAUGAGGACUCAAUCCAGUAAGGGGUCUCGAAGCAUGUCCCCUCAUUUUGGCAAGUCGCAAGAAAAUGGAAUCACGGCGACCUUGAACGGGACGCAUUCAAACCUUCAGCCCGCUUUUGGGGGCGCGAAUACCACCCGCGAUUCGUUUUUGAAUUACUUCUUCGGCAAAGAUGGCGCCCAGCUUCAGGCCACUACAUCAGUUGUCCCAGGUCAGAGCCAAGCGAGGCAGUCGGUCCAUGAGGUCAACGUGAGCUCAAACGUUCGACGUACAGAGAUGCUUUCUCCGGUGUCGAAGCCAGAGGAAUAUACUCCUGUGCCUGAGUUCAAUGAUGCGAAUUCCUUCUUGAAGGAUGAAUCCGAGCCAGCAAUCUCCGACCGAGAGCUUGUGGAGACUGAGUUGAUCCGCCGGUUGAUUUCCUCUUACUUUACGAUUGUGAGAGAGACGAUUGCCGAUCAGGUUCCAAAAGCCAUUAUGCACCUUCUUGUCAAUCACAGUAAAGACGUUGUGCAAAAUCGACUCGUCAGCGAGCUUUACAAGGAAGAGUUUUUUGCCGAACUUCUGUAUGAGGAUGAUGGCAUCAAAGCCGAAAGGGAGAAAUGCGAGAGGUUACUAGAAACAUACAAGGCUGCGGCGAAAAUUGUAGGUGAAGUCCUAUAG